AGUGUUAAUAUUGCGCCAUUGGGGAUCAGCAUUCGGCUUCAAUCCAAAACCUUUCGAUCUCGAUUUACAGUGAGAGAAAAUGUGAGAUCUGAGAAUUUCUGUCAAUUAUUCUUACAUUUCAUGAUGAUUAUUACAAUGUCACACUCCGAUUCCAACUCUUCUUCCUAACCUCACAAGAAGAAUUCGUUUCUUCUCAAACCCUCUUUCUUUUACACUGUAAAACAGCUGUGGAGCCGCCAUGGACGGUACUGUAGGAUCUCAAUUCAACGCCGGCCGUAGUGGCGUAAGCGGUGGACCAUCGGUUGGUGUUCAGAUCCAGAACGAUCGGAGGCUUCCUGAUUUCCUUCAGAGCGUAAAUCUAAAGUAUGUUAAGUUGGGUUAUCAUCACUUAAUCUCUCAUUUGUUAACCCUCUGUUUGAUUCCUAUAAUGGCGGUGAUAUUCGUCGAGGUUUCGCAGAUGAAUCCAAACGACAUUCGUCAGUUAUGGCUUCAAUUGAAGUAUAAUCUUGUUAGCGUUAUAGUUUGUUCUGCGAUUCUCGUAUUCGGUUCGACCGUUUAUAUCAUGUCUCGUCCUUUACCUGUUUAUCUAAUCGAUUACUCCUGUUACCGACCUCCCGACCACCUCAAAGCUCCAUUUCACACAUUCAUGGAUCACUCCAAACUAACCGGCGAUUUCGAUGAGUCUUCUCUCGAAUUCCAGCGCAAGAUCCUCCAACGAUCAGGUCUAGGCGAUGAUACAUAUGUUCCUGACGCUAUGCAUCAAAUUCCUCCUGUUCCGUCCAUGGCUGCCGCGAGAGAUGAAUCAGAACAGGUAAUGUUUGGAGCAUUGGAUAAUUUGUUUAGAAAUACAUCGAUUAAACCAAAGGAUAUUGGGAUUCUUGUGGUGAAUUGUAGUUUGUUUAAUCCUACACCUUCUCUUUCUGCCAUGAUCAUCAACAAGUAUAAAUUUAGGGUUAAUAUCAGAAGCUUUAACUUAGGAGGAAUGGGUUGUAGUGCUGGUGUGAUUGCAGUUGAUCUCGCAAAGGACUUACUACAAAUUCAUAGGAAAACUUACGCUGUUGUUGUCAGUACCGAGAACAUAACACAGAAUUGGUAUUUCGGGAAUAAGAAAUCAAUGUUGAUCCCCAAUUGUCUGUUUAGAGUCGGCGGUUCUGCAGUUCUGCUAACGAACAAAUCUUCAGAAAGAAGAAGGGCAAAGUAUAAACUAGUUCACAUUGUUAGAACACAUAAAGGUGCAGAUGAUAAAGCAUUUCAAUGUGUAUAUCAAGAACAAGAUGAAUUGGGGAAAACCGGUGUUUCCUUAUCGAAAGACCUAAUGGCUAUCGCGGGUGGAGCUUUGAAAACCAAUAUAACCACUUUAGGACCUCUGGUUCUUCCUGUUAGUGAGCAAUUGCUGUUCUUCUCCACUCUUGUGCUGAAGAAACUGUUGAACAAAAACGUGAAGCCUUAUAUUCCUGAUUUUAAGUUAGCAUUUGAUCAUUUCUGCAUUCAUGCUGGAGGAAGGGCCGUGAUUGAUGAACUUGAGAAGAAUCUUGAAUUGAUGCCGAUUCAUGUGGAAGCUUCUAGAAUGACACUUCAUAGAUUUGGGAAUACUUCUUCAAGUUCUAUUUGGUAUGAGCUUGCGUAUAUGGAGGCUAAAGGGAGAAUAAGGAAAGGGAAUCGCGUUUGGCAGAUUGCGUUUGGGAGUGGAUUUAAAUGUAAUAGCGCGGUUUGGCAAGCGAUGAAAAAUGUGAAGGCGACUAGAGAUGGUCCUUGGGAAGAUUGUAUUGAUAAGUAUCCUGUUAAACUGGUAUUAUAACAUCAUUAAGUUUUGUUUUAUGUUAUGUUUUCUUCUUUCUGUCA